AUGUCGAGUUCAAAAUAUGAACAGCUGUCGGUCAAAACAGAUAACGAGGAAUGCCUAUUUACUAAUAAACCCAAAGGAAAAUGGUCUGAUGUGUGUUUCCAAAAAGGGCUCUUAUCACUUGGGCUAAUAUUAUUGUAUUUUUCCUUAUCCAUUGGUCUCACAUUUUACCAAAGAUGGCUUUUAAAGGAUUUUCAUUUUCCCCUCACAGUGGUUAUGUAUCAUUUAAUUGUGAAAUGGAUUUUAUCUGUAUGUGUACGGAUGAUAUUGGAAAUAAUAACUGGGCAACCGCAACUUAUGCUUCCGUUUCUAACUUGCUUAAGAUCUGUUGGUCCGACUGGCCUUGCUAGUGGCAUUGAUGUGGGAUUUUCCAACUGGGCUUUGGAGUUAGUCACUAUAUCUCUAUAUACAAUGACGAAAUCUACAACCAUCAUUUUUAUUCUAGGCUUUGCUAUACUUCUUGGACUUGAGAAAAAGUCAUGGUCCUUAGUUGGAAUUGUCUUGACAAUAGCAACUGGACUAAUCAUGUUUACAUACAAUGCAACCCAAUUUAACUUGAUGGGCUUCGACUUCUUGCUUCUUGCAUCCUUCGCUGGAGGACUACGUUGGACAUUUGCUCAGCUUCUCAUGCAGAAAUCUAAACUUGGUUUGCAUAACCCUGUAGACAUGGUGUUCCAUGUACAACCUUGGAUGUUCCUAUCAUUGCUCCCAUUUAUGAUUGCCUUUGAAGGUUUCAAAUGCUUUGACAACCUAUUGGCUUUGCCGCCUGGAGAACUGGCUCCCACAAUGCUCAAAGUGUCUGUGGGUGCUACAAUAGCGUUUGCUAUGGAAAUAAGCGAAUUCCUUGUUGUUACAUACACAUCUAGUCUUACAUUAUCUAUUGCCGGCAUUUUUAAGGAACUUUGUAUUCUAGUCUUAGCAGUAGAAGUAAGUGGUGAUCAAUUGAGUCCGAUCAAUGUAGUCGGCUUGGUUGUAUGCUUAUUGGGGAUCACUGGCCACAUUAUUCACAAGGUCUUAGUUAUAAAGCGAGUGGCUGGAUCAGUCCGUAUCCUAGAAGAUGAUGAUUUUGAAACGAUAGGUAGAACGAGAGCUCCUAAGUUAAAGGAUGACCGCCAUGAACCUUUGCUAGAAGACCAGAAGUGGCAAGAGGGGAGCGAGGAAAGCGAUAUCGACAGUAGUGUUGUCAUAUACGAAAUAGUGCAAAGGAGAGAUGGCAGCUAG